AUGGCUCAUUUCUUGAUCUUCACGACAGUGCUCGCACUGGUCUCCGUCGUCCACUCCCAAUGCGGCUCAGGCACGCCGAAUGCCAUGGUGGCUGGCUCCGGAAGCUCCUUCACAGCCACCAAAGGCUCAAGCACGGUAUACACCGGCUCGGACUAUCGUGCUGCGAUCCAGGCCGCGGUAGACUCCAUCAGCAGCGGCCAGCGCGUCUCCGUCAUGGCUUCGGGCUCCAUUGGCGCCAGCACCAUCACCAUUAGCAGUGGCAAGAUUUUCGAAGGCUGUGGCACCAUCAACGUUGGCAACAGGGCUGGGCAUGGUGCCAUCGAGUCGCUGAACACUCAAGGAGUUCAGAUUCCAUAUCUCACCAUGACCGGAAACCCGUACUUUGGAUUGCGCUUCUACGGGACACGAGACCUGACACUGGGCAAGAUCACCAUGAAUCUCAGCGGUGGCUUGGGUAUCCGCUUCGACCGCGAUGCAGCCGCGAACUCCAACGUGAAAAUGGAUGUCAUCAGCGUUACCGGUGCUGGCAGCCACGCCGUGGAGACCUGGAACAUCGACGGCCUCACCAUCAAUCAAGUCAUCGCCCGAAACGUUGGCGAGUCCGGCUUGCUGCUCCAAAAGACCACAAACGCAAAAGUUGGGCUCGUCGAUGGCAACAACGUCGCCACGGGAACGGGGUACGCGACCUUCCGUAUGGCGAAUAAUAACGGCCAGAAUCCCAACGGAAACUAUAACACCAACGUUUACAUCGACAAGGUCGUCUCGCGCGGUGGCGGUCGUGGUAUCUUCUGCGUCUCGCAGUCUGGAGGCGUUGUCAUCGAGAGCGUUGACCUCGCGAACAAUGGAAACAACGCAAUCUUAAUCGAGAAUUGCUACAACGUCUCGAUUCGUGGAGGUACAGUCAAUGGAGGAGGGGAAGUUCGUCUCGCAGCCCGCUCGGAGUUCCCGAACAACCGCGACAUCUGGAUCACUUUGACUGUGAACAGUAACACGGUUCGCGAGUCGCCUUGUGGGGAAAACACGAACUGGACACUCUCAGGUAGUGCUAGCAAGAGUAUCUGCUAG